AUGAUGAACGGAUGGAGAGUUUUCAAGUACUCGAGAAGAAUGGAAAAAGAAGGAGAUGAGAAGUCCUUCUGUGGGGUUGAUUUGGAGACGAUGAGUCAGGUGAUACUUCAUUCACAGCCAGAUAGCCAAGGAAUUAAGAAGGAGAGAUGGCUUCAUGUGUUCACGGAGGGAAGCAAGACAUUAGAGUUGAUAUUGUCCCCAUCAAUGCUGGAAGUAAGGCUCUAUGUUGUUUCAGCUGUCAGGCAAGAGUUGGUGAUAUUGGAAAGAAUAAAGCUUGAUAAUAAGUGGGAUAUUAAGACUUGUGUGAAUAAAAGGGCACUUAGAUACACGUGUAGAGAAAGAAGAUUUCAGAUUGUUUUCUUCAGUGAGGAAGAGGUGGAGGUCUUUGGAGUUAAGAUUGGAUGCUUCUUGAGGCCUCAUUUAGAUAUAGAGAAAACGCCUGUGAUUGAAAGACUUACAAAAGCUAUUGAGGAUGGAAAGAAAGUAAGGAAAACAUCCAAAUACAAGGACAAGGAGAAACUUAUUGAAGAGUUUUUAUUGCUAUUAUUUGAAACACCUGAUUGA